AGCAGGGAGCAAAUACUGGAGAGAGAGAGAGAGAAUCCAAUUGUUGGACGCAAGCAAACCCUCAAAUCUUCCGGAAAAAGUAUUAGAGGAGCCAGAAGGAGAGAGUAGGGCGCACACUUAAACACACACAAAUUUUUCUCUCUCCUCCAUUCAAUUUUUUCUAUAUACACACAAUUGUAGAUAAGACCUCUCUACCUUUUCUCGUCGAUUCGUUAUCGUCUUAUUCAGGUGGGUUCUGUAUCUUCUUUAUCAGAAAUGACAAAACCAAGCAAGAUGGGACGGGUUACUGAUUUGCAUCACCAUGAUUUGCUAUCUUGCCGCUCAAAAAUGUGCAAAAAGAUUCACCAAAGGGAGAGAGAAGCAAAAUCAUCUGAGAAGAAAGAAUGGGAAGGGGCAACUUGCUCAGUCUGCAUGGAGCACCCUCACAAUGCAGUGCUGCUGCUGUGCUCUUCUUAUGACAAGGGAUGUCGUCCUUAUAUGUGUGCCACUAGCUGUCGUUUCUCAAAUUGUCUUGAGCAGUACAAGAAAGCGUAUACUAAAGUCACAUCAGUUGAGGGCUCUGAACUAGGGUUGCUGUCAAAUGAUGAUCCUAAUUGCUCGUCAGGAGCAGCAGGUUGCUUAGGUGGAGCUGAACUUCUGUGCCCACUCUGUCGUGGGCAGGUAAAGGGUUGGACAGUUGUGGAACCUGCGCGCAAGCAUCUGAAUGCAAAGAAGAGAACAUGCAUGCAUGAAAAUUGCUCAUUUGUUGGAACGUACAAAAAGUUGAGGAAGCAUGUAAGGCGGGAGCAUCCUUCAGCACGCCCCCUGGAAGUAAACCCUUCACUUGCAGAGAAAUGGAAGAAGCUUGAGCACGAGAGAGAGAGGAACGAUGUGUUUAGCACAAUCAGAUCUACCAUGCCUGGUGCAAUUGUAAUGGGAGAUUAUGUUAUAGAGGGUAAUUUCGGAGGCCUCCACAGGAAUUUUGAUCUCGAUGAGCCUCUUCUCAGAUCAGAACCUCAUGGUGCUCAGUGGAAUGAUAAUUUCCACCCAGAUGAUCUUUUCGGUGAUGACUAUCAUUCAUUUGAUGAGGAUGGGUUUUUCGUCCAUCAUUCUGGCACUGAGACUGCAUCCAAUGUUUUCAACAGAAUCUCUAGACUUCAGAGUAGACUCUUAUUGGGAAGAUCAAGGAGGCGGCAACGACAUAGAGCAAGUAGCAGAAUUCGGUGAUUUAUCAGGAGAAGGUGUUCAAGAGUGGUUGGGAUGACAUCAUGUGUUUGUUUCAGUAUGGUUUUCUCUGUCGCAACACAGAAAAGUAUGCGAGACAUCCAUGUUGCUGAUCCUAACCACGGUUCCUGGAGUUUUUUUAGAGGAUUGAUGACACUGCUUACAGCAAUUUGGAGUUCCUUUCGUUGCCUGUAAAUAGGAACCGGAUUGAAUAGUAAAAGUAAAUUCAACCCUCCUUCCUACUCCCAGGUACCUUCAAUUUCAUGAAUUAGGCGAUAGUUUCAUAAAACCAGGUAGUAACUUUUAAAGAAAAUUUUUCUCGUUGGAUAUCUGAUAUAUCCAUCCAUCCUUCAGGAAGGAAAGUUGCAACAUUUGUGCAUGGGGUUAAUUUAGUUAAUUAUGAACUAAUAGUAGUUUGCUCUUA